AUGAACCUCCUGCGGGCCAACUUCGUGGUGGUAACUGCGGUGCUGUUGAUCCUGUUCGUUGAUGACACCUCCGCAUGGUGGCGCCGCAGCCGCCGCUGCGAUCACGCCACGCCGUUACAGCAGCUUGUGGUGGAACGGCUUGCUCUGGACCCAGCAGCCAGACCCAGGCCUGUAACAGGAGGUGCUGUCCACGAAACUGCCAGUGGCACAACUGGAGCUCUUGGAGCGCCUGUACGGCAACCUGUGGAAGUAGUGGUUCCCGGUCUAGAUCAAGUGGAGUUCAUGGGGUUCCUGGAGCUCCUGUUCGGCAAGCUGUGGUUCCGGGACACAGACACGAACAAGGAAGAGCAUGUGUUGGAGGCACCACGGAGAGCAAGUCAUGUAACGGGGGAUGCUGUCCUAGAAACUGCCAGUGGCACAACUGGAUCACUUGGAGCGCCUGCACAGCUUCAUGUGGGAACAGUGGAACCCGGAGCCGAACAAGACGUUGACGAAUGCGCUACAGAUGGCCACAACUGUGAUCAACAUGCCACCUGUACCAACACUGUGGGGAGUUACCGGUGUACGUGUAACAGCGGAUACACUGGGGAUGGCAGAACGUGUACAGACAUAGAUGAGUGUGCCACGGACACGGACAACUGCCAUGAAGACGCGAGCUGUAGAGAUAGUGACGGCAGUUUCACCUGUACAUGCAACGAUGGAUAUACUGGAAAUGGACUUCACUGUGACGUUGACGAAUGCACCCAAGGGACAGACCUCUGUCAUGAAGCUGCUACCUGUACCAACACUCUGGGGAGUUACAACUGUACUUGCGAUGAGGGGUACACAGGAGAUGGAUAUACAUGCAUUGGCAUUGACGAAUGCGAAGAAGGAACUGACACCUGUGACAAAGAUGCCACCUGUACCAAUACAGCUGGGGAUUACACCUGUGCUUGUAACCAGGGAUACGAUGGAGAUGGAUUCACCUGUACAGACGUCAACGAAUGUGAGGAUGGAACUGACACCUGUGACGAACAGGCCACCUGCACAAACACACCUGGUAGUUACACCUGUGAAUGCAAUGACGGAUACUCUGGCAAUGGAUUCACCUGUACUGACAUUCUCGAAUGUGACGACGGAACACACACCUGCCACGAACAUGCCACCUGUACCAACACACCUGGAAGUCACACCUGCGCCUGUAAUCAGGGAUACGGUGGUGAUGGAUUCACCUGUACAGAAAUCAACGAAUGUGACGAAGGAACAGACACCUGCCACGAAGAUGCCACCUGUUCCAACACACCUGGGAGUUACACCUGUACUUGUAACCAGGGAUACAAUGGAGAUGGGAACACCUGUACAGAUGAAGACGAGUGUACCCUACAAACCGACAACUGUGACGAACAUGCCACCUGCACCAAUACACCGGGGGGCUACACCUGCACCUGUGUCGAGGGAUACAGUGGCGAUGGAUACACAUGUACAGAUGAUGACGAGUGUGCUCAAGAAAGUACCUGUGAUGAACAUUCCACCUGUACCAACACACCUGGGAGCUACACAUGUGCUUGUAACGAAGGAUACACUGGAGAUGGAAACACUUGCACAGAGAGAUGCUCUUCAGGAUUUGAGUUUUGGAACGAUGACUGCUACUACCUUUCGCCAAAUAGAAAGAAUUUUUCGUCAGCCGAAAGUGACUGUGACAGACGUGGGGCGAAGCUAGUGGUGGUGCCAGACUCGGCCACUCACCAACAUCUGAUUGACAACGCGAAAAGAAAGAGGUGA